AUGACCGCUCGUAAUACGACUCCGACGCCGACUUAUGAGACGAACCAUGUGGUUCAAGAUGUGCCGUUCAUCCGGGAUCACGGGCCUACAGAGGAGAAGAACGAGAUACCAGCCGACAUGUCUGCCGAAAACGCCACAGUGCCCAAGGACGAAUAUCCCGAAGGUGGACUCAAAGCUUGGUCGGUGGUUCUAGGUUCCUGGUUCGCCGGCUUCUCAGCAUUUGGCAUAUCAAACACUAUCGCAACGCUUCACGCCUACGUCGGUACACAUCAGCUCGCUGGCUACAGCGAAGGCGCCAUUGGAUGGAUCUUCAGCAUGUACAUGUUCCUCAUCUUCUUUUGCGGAAUUUAUGUUGGUCCCCUGUUUGAUAAGUAUGGGCCGAAAUGGCUCAUCUUCACCGGCACAGUUGGUGUCGUGACGGCUCAGAUGUUGCUGAGCAUUUCAACGAAAUACUGGCAAUUCAUGCUUGUUUUUGGGGUUCUCAACGGAUGCAGCGCUUCCUUUCUUUUCACACCGUCUUUCGCCGCCGUUGGUCAUUGGUUCUAUCACCGUCGAGGUCUCGCUACCGGCAUCGCAACCACUGGAGGAUGCUUCGGCGGAAUAGUUUACCCCAUUAUGCUCCGAUAUCUCUUCGAGCAGGCGGGCUGGGGCUGGUCCAUCCGCACCAUUGGGUUUAUCGUCUUGGUUUGCUGCGGCUGUGCAACACUACUCAUUGACACACGGCUGCCGCCUGCCCCGAAUGCUUCGCCUCAUCCAGACCUGCGAAUCUUGCGUGAGCCGGUAUUCGCAGUGACAACGAUUGGGCUAUUUCUCUUCGAGUGGUCCCUUUUCAUUCCGAUCACAUACAUCUCAAGCUACGCUGUCAGCAAGGGCUUCAGCACCGACUUCGCUUAUCAGAUCCCAACUAUCCUCAACGCAGGGAGUGUUGCAGGGAGAGUUCUUGCGGGCUGGUGGGGAGAUUAUGUCGGCCCGUUUAAUUCGCAUAUCGCAGCCCUUUUCCUCAGUACCGUCGCCUGUCUCGCCAUCUGGCUGCCGGCGGCGUUUUCUUGGAAGAACCCCAACGCCGACGAAACCUUCAGCAUUACUCCUGACUUGGGAGGAGAGCUGGGAUUGGUACUUUUGAACUAUCUCUGA